AGCCCCUUCGGGCACCCAGAGGGUGUGUGUAACUUCCUGCCGGUGAGGAAAUCACUCGACUGUCUCAAGCUUCUCCUUUCCCCGCUCUGAUCUCACAGACCGACUUGGCCGCUGGCCGGGAGCCGCAGGGGCCUGGCCACACUCGGACGGGGCGAUGUCCUGGACUGUCCUGCUCCUGGCAGCCGGCUCCUUGGCCAUCCCGGCACCGUCCAUUGUGCUGGUGCCCCCGCACCCCAGCAGCCACGAGGACCCCGUCCACAUCGCCUGCGUUGCCCCUGGGGGCUUCCCCGGCGCCAACUUCACGCUCUACCGCGGCGGGCAGGUGGUCCAGCUGCUCCAGGCCGCCGCAGACCAGUUCCGAGUGACCUUUAACCUGAGCGGGGGCGGCGCCGAGGCCCCGUUCCAGUGCCAGUACGGGGUGCUGGGGGAGCACGCGCAGCCGCAGGUGUCGGACCUCAGCGCGCCCGUGCACGUGACCUACCCGGUUCCCGUCUGGAUGCUGGCCCUGGUGCUGAGCUUGGUGGGAGGCAUCGUGCUGGUAGCCGGGCUCGUGGCUGUAGCCUUGGUGGUCAGGAAAGUUAAAAUGAAAAAUUUGCAGAAGAAAAGGGAGCAUGAAUCCUGCUGGGCGCAGAUUAACUUCACGAACACAGACAUGACAUUCGACAACUCCCUGUUCACCGUCUCUGCAAAAAUGGCUUCAGAUGAGGACGCGUUACCAGGCUCUACAGUGACACCAGGGGACUCUGGGCCACGGCGGAGGCCCACCUCCACUUCCUCCUCACCUGAGCCCCCCGAAUUCAGCACUUUCCGGAACUGCCAGUGAGACUGAGGAUGGCAGAGGACCCGCCCAUACAUGGACUCUCUGAGCUCACCCAGGCACAUCAGAUGGACCCACCCUCUUUCCAGCUACUUUGGUGGCUGGGGGCUCCAAGGACCCUUUUCUUGGACAGUUGGAGAGAUGAAGGAUGCCUCUAGGUGCGGGAUAUUCACUACAGAGGAGUAGGCGAGAGGAGAGGGGGUGCAGGCACACUGUGCACAGAAAAAGCAAAAAAAUGGCUUUGGGUUUCCAGCCGGUUCGCCACCAGGAAGGUCAUGUGAGGGCAGUCCCACCCCUAAGGGUGGACACGAGGGGAUCAGAGCUGGUCAUCGCUCUACUUCAUCACCCCUUACCCCCCGCCAUUCCUGACUUGGCCAUCUCAGUUGGA